GCACUGCGCGAGCAGGUGCGGCGCGUACAGCGCGAGCACGCCGCCAUCCUGGCGCGCAGGCGCGCGGCCGAGGAGGCGGCAGAUGCCGCGGCCGCGGCCGCUGGCGGCGGCCCGCCCGCAGCCGAUGAAGACGAUCUGCCUGCGGCUGGAGGUGCACUGGGCGCUGCCUCCGCCCGA